UCCUAAUAAUCUCCAUCACAAUUAACGGAUUACUCGCAAUGCCGCCAGAUAAGGUGGAGAGCAAACAUGCAACAGUUGCUGCAAGUCAACACACAGCAGAAGACGAUUCCGAUAUGAUGAUGGAACCCGAUGAAGCGCAUGGCGAGGAAACACGUUCUUUCUUCGAUGAAUCCGAAGCUGAAACUGAUUUCCAUCCAAUUUUCCCGAGUUACACGAGCAUCAGUCGUACGGAGCACGAACCCACAGAGGCUUCUGAUACCGCAGUCACUGCUGAACAAAAUUUCUUCCCAUAUUUCCGUGAUUCGCAACCCCUUGGUCACUCGCGUCCUUAUUACCCGACUCCUGAACCACCAUCUGCCAUUCGGUACAACUCCUUUGCACGAACGCAUGACUCUUUACUGGGCAGCGGGGACUUUGGCGUCAUCAAAGGAGGCACAUUCUACCAAGAUAGUGAUCCCCCAAUUAAAAAUGAUCCAAGCGAUUUUUAUAGUUUUUAUAAUAAUGGACAUGGAAGACCCCAGGCAGCUCCCUUGAUUCGCAAACUUACGUAUCCCGAAGAGCAAUUUGCCAAUUUCAAGGAUUUUGCGGACAUAAAUACGCCUAAUGACCCUGCUUACUCACAGUUUGUCGUUGUCUAUGCGAAUAAGAAUGCCACGGCGCCCGUUUCACAUCCCAAUCCGAAAAAUAUCUUUGAGCAAUUGCAACUGCUGGACCAGGAGAAAGCAGAAAAAGCCAGUAAAAAAUCGAGCAAAUUCAAGUCAAAGUUGGCCAAAACGAAGCUAGAGAAGAAAUACAAGAAACGAACGGGACCGAAAGAGAGCGAUUAUGAACCUCUACUAGCUUUAAGUUAAAUUACCAAUUUUUUCAUCGCUUUCCUCCUUCCCCUUUUACUUUCUAGUUUUUUAAGGAAAUGAUCUUUGAUGUAUUUUUGUACGAAGUUGAAGUCUCUCUGAUGAGGAGAUCGCAUGAGCCAUCAUACCUGAAACUUAGCAAAUAAGCCUUUAAUAUUUAAGGGAAAACAUGUAAAUAAUUUUUUUCCACUAAUUCAUCAUCACGCCACCACCCACCUUUUCCCAUUUGAAGCACAUUUCUCUGUCUUUUCUUCUUUCCUUGUCUCAAAAAAAUUUCCUAAAAUAAUUAAAAUAUAAGCAGCUGUCAGAGGGCUCGUAAAGGCCUCGAAAAAAGGACUCUCCCUCCUUCAUACAUAAAUAUUUACCGUAUUGUUAAGCAAAGUAUUCAUUAGUAAGCUCUCCAAGUUCUUAAUUAUGUCAUAAGUUAAGUAAGUUUUGAAAAUAAGGAAUU